UCACACUCAUGCUGAUGCUGCAGUUUCUUUAUCUGAGCCUCCCGGAAUCUCCCAGAAGGAAGACCUGGCAAUUUUUUCAGGUCAUAAGAUUGUCACGCCCCAUUGAGGAAGCUAGCACCUCCCUGUGAUCUCAGAUAAAUACCGUCCGCUCUGGAGCCGUCAGCGCUCUUGGUUGCUGCUGGAGCUGUGAUUCGGUUCCUUGCACUUUUGAUAAAAGUCCUUGACAGCUGAUAGCCGGACGGUCCUCGACUCUCAAGCCUGCUGUCUUUUUCAUGCUCCGCGGCUUAGUGGAAGGAUGAAGCCACGCCGGGCUGGGUACCAAGACAACCCCCUUAGGGUAGGCAAUUGGAAAGGCUCUACCCAUGGAGGACACCAUACAGCAGCAGUGGAUAAACCUCAGACUGUGGACAUCUCUGACUUGAGUCAGCAGAUGUGGGUCCUUCAGGGUCAGAGCCUCGUGACCGUCCCACGGAAUAACAGGGUGGCUUCAGUCACUGCCACUAUUGUCCCAUGCAAGUAUCCAGAGGCCCUUGAGCAAGGCAAAGGGACUCCCAUUUACGUGGGAAUAGAGAAUCCAGAAAUGUGUCUGUGUUGUGAGGACAUCGGAGGACAGCCCACCCUGCAGCUGAAGGAGCAGAAGAUCAUGGAUCUGUACAACCAAGCCAAGCCUGUGAAGCCCUACCUCUUCUACCACACCAGGAUGGGCAGGACCUCAACCUUCGAGUCCGUGGCCUUCCCUGGCUGGUUCAUCGCCUCCUCCGAGAAAGGCCAGCCCAUCAUCCUCACAUCGGACCUGGGGACAACGCACAAUACUGCCUUCAAUUUAGAUUUCAAGACUCAAACUCAACCUAGAGGUGGCAACUAGGUCUUAAAAUAUCUAGUUCUCAGCGUGUUUUCAUCUAUCUUAUCUCAGUGUCAUUGCCCAUCCGUGCUGAGGUGGGCUCGACUCUGUUCUCAUCUUAUCUUAUGAGUGGAGAAGAAGUGAUGACUUCGUGGCAACCAAGGAGUAGAACGUGGGCUCAGAAGCAGGAGGGAGGGGGUGAUGUGAGGAUCCCCUUUCAAGCCUGAGCUCUCCACCCCACAAGCCGCCUGUACAAGGACGUCAGGACCGAAAAACAACACAGUGCCCUCCUGGGGAUAGUUCUGAAGACACCACAGAGCUCGUGAACCUCACCCGAGAUCCUGGGACUAGCGUGGAGCUCAUCCUUGUUCUUGUUUUGUUCUGUUUUCUUCCCUAACGGGAUGACGUCUUCCACAUUCUUUCUAUGUUGCGGGUAUAUUGCAAGAUGUGUGAUACAUCCUUUUAAGGGUCAGGAACUUGUAAAGAAGAAUAAUUCUUAAUUAAAUUAAAUUAUUUUUGUCUAAUUCUAAUGUGUUAGCAUAAAGCCAGAUAUAGAGUCCAUGUGUUUAAAUAAUUAAAAAAAAAAAGCCAAAAUAGAUAUAAAAUGAAAUAGGAAACAAAGAGUAAGUUGAAAUUAGCGAGAGUCAUUGAAUGAGGACACCACGGUGGGUGAGCCUGGGACUGGGGCUUAGCUCUGGGGAGAAGGGCCAGUGCUGAGAGGGUGGGGUGGGGGGUUAUGCACGUAAAAGGGCACUGUUUGAGCACUUUCUCUAUAGUCUCAUAGCCAGGCUUGCUUUUCCUCUUAGACAUGCUGACUAGCCACGUACUCCCUUUAAAAAUUGCAGUAAAGUGGAGUCUUCUUGGAACAGAGAGCCCAGCUUUCCCCCCAGCCGUGCUUCAGAUGAUACACUCUGAUGAAAUGAAAUAACUGACUGUGGGUGUAACUGUGAAAAGAUGUUGCUGAGAUCUGGUCCUGUGUAUAACGGAUUUCUUAUUUCGACACAUGCUGCAAAUGUAGAAAAUUAUGUUUGCUUAAAUACAAUCAACACAAUUGCACCAGUAACAAUAUAUAUAUAUAUUUAACUUUUGGACAAUCUCUACUAGGCGUGCUAGUCAGCAAUCAGUAAGCACCAAUUUAAUACAGUGUGUCUUAAUUUUUAAAAGUUUUCUUCUUCAAUUAAGCAUCUUUUGAGCAUGCAGUUUUAUAAAAACCAACAUUAAAGUGGGCACUAAGCUAAUUAGUUCUGGAAUAUCAAAUCGAAGAGUUAGCAUUGGAUAUUUAGUGCUAUACCCACUGCUAAUAAAUGGUGACAGGUUGUUACGUCUGCUGGUUGGUAUUGUUACAUUGUCACAUUGUCAAUUGUUACAUUUGACAGUUGGGAUCUGAUGACACAUUUGCUUGGGACAUGAUGAUGGUUCUGAGUGCUGCAGUAUCUCCACCCUACCAGGCUGUGGGAUGAUUCAGCUCCCCCAUCUCCUUUCUCUACUGUGAAUUCUUUGUUCAUGUAGGCACUCUGCCACCCUGGAAUGUCAUUUAUCUGGGGUGGGAGCUUACAGACAAAAGCUCAGAUAUGAGUCCUGAUGUCAUUCUGGCAGUCCAGAAGGGUUCUGAGAGCAUAUUUAGAGCGUUCUCAAAAAGAAAACCCAAUAAUCUCACAGUUUGUGGAACUGGGAGAAAGACUUCCAUGGACCCCUGCCUUACACAUCACGUUUGAGAACUACCACACACAACAUGGAACAGUGUGUGAAAUCCUGGAAGGCCCCUGUGAGGAGGAGCACUCUCAUGUUUGGGUAAUGGCCUGGUGUAUACCUGCUUUUCACAUAUUUGGGAAUUAAGCAUCUUGCCACCCCAAAUCACAAUUACAGAGAAGACAGUUGACUGGGCUGUUUUCCUGUCCAGCUGCUUUGGGGCUCACAUCUCCUGGCACCAGGACUGCUUAAGAGCAAACAAAGGCUAUUUCCUGAAGACUCUGCCUUUGACUCAUGAGCUCCUGGGCACGGGGACUAAAGUUGCUGCCCCAAGACCUCGAGAACAGUGGUUGUUAAUAAUUCUUCAUGUCAAUACAUUAAUUUUUAUUUGUUAGACUUCAGAAAGUUGUCUAAAGGACAGUUCUUACUGAAAUAAUACAAAUCUGUGGUUAAAAGCAAUACUCUCCUGCCUCAGUCCUGUUUCUGAGCCAACUGCUUUCUGUUUCAUGAGGCAAACGCUAAGUCCUGCAGCUCCUUUCCUGUUUCCCUCUGUGUGUCUAGUAGGACGCUUUUACUUGUCUCUUGAAUGACAAACUUCAUACGUUAUCUUUUCUAUCAGACUGAUGUCAUUUGCAUAUCUCUUGGACAAAAAUCAUACGCUCUUUAUUUCCUACAAGUUAACAGUAAGUAGUAAGCCAAACAAAGCUGUGUUUAUAGAGAGUGAGAUGACCCUUGGGUGAGCCUGUUAGAUGAUGUUCUAGAGUGACACCGAAAAGCCACACGGGGGGAGGAUGUAGCUCAGUGGUAGCAUGCACGAGGUCCUGGGUUCAAUCCUCAGUCCCUCCAUUAAAAAAAAAAAAUGAAAUAAGUAAGUAAAACCUAAUUACCCCCUCCCCCAAAAAAGUUAAAAAAGGAAAAAAUAUAUUUGUAUGUGUAUGUAUAACUGAAUCACUUUGCUGUACACCUGAAAUUAAUAUUGUA